AUGCACGUUAGCAAUUGGAAACUACUCGGUCUGUGCCUCUGUUGGUGCCUGGAGCUGGGCUCUACGCAAAACUCUAGCCAUGUCGUCUGGGAGCCAAGUGGAACUACGAAUAAACGUGAGGUGGCCAAUCGAUUGGAUUACGCUGGCACCAAUAUAGCCAAGAGUUAUGAUCCACCACCGGAAUUUUAUAGAGGACCGGGCACUACUGUCACCAGCUCCGGCUCCAGUUCCAGCACCGUUUCGGGCACCUCGGGCUUAGGCAGCGCCCAGCUGGGCAGCGUGGGUGAAUCGCUGAGCGAGGCCUACAACAAGUGGCGGCAGAGCGCGGGACAGCAUGAUCGCAUCAGCGUGGGUCAUUAUGGUGGCGGCGCAGGUCAGGCAGCGCAUAUACAAACGCCACACGGACAUGCCAGCUACGCCUACGAAGGACAUCCCUAUGAAUAUGCCGGCGUAGCUGCUGGUCACGGCGGCUACUAUGGCGGCAGCAGUGCAGAAUCGGGCAUACCCUUCGAUGUCUAUGGCUCACGGCCAGUUCAUGGCAGUCAUCAUCAGGUGCAUUAUCCCGGACCUAGUGCUGGCGGCGGCAGUGAGUAUGCCUACUUGGAGUCACACGAACUGGCCAGUCACAAAGGGCCGCCGGAGCUGUCACAGAAGGCGCUGCUAGCCAAAAGUUUUCUCAUACCUUUAGCCAGCGCUGCGGUCUUGGGCAUUGCGGCUGCUUUGGUCAGUAAUCCGCUGCUGCUGCAGCUGGGCACAGUUUCGGGCUUAGGUGGCGGAUUCGUGCCGGCUGUGGGCAAACCUGGGCAAUAA